CCUUCUCAGUUGCUUUUCAUUACUGUUGAUCACAUCAUGUUUGAAUUAAAUGUUUACGUUUGCCUGCCAAUUGUUGGCACUGUCAUUGCAGCUGGUAUUGCUCUAUAUCUGCGCUACCUCAGAAGAAAUGACGAUUAUUGGGCUAAACGUGGAAUUCCGUUCGUCCCUCGAUAUAGUUUAAUAGGCCUACUGCGUUUGCUGUACUCUAAGCCAGCUCAUGAAAUCCAGUUAGAGAUAUAUAAGAAACAUGGCAGAGUGUAUGGUGGUUUCGAAUUCUCGAAACCAAAUCUUGCAGUGGCUGAUCCGGAUCUUUUGAGAGAUAUUUUAGUGAAAGACUUCCAUAUUUUCCCAUUCAGAAUAGAUGUAUCAUUAGGUAAUCAUCUACUUGGCAAAAUGGUCAGCGUACUAAAAGGAGAAGACUGGAAACGCGUUCGGACUGUAAUAACACCUGCAUUUACAUCGAGAAAAAUGAGGAAGAUAGUUGACAUUGUAAAUCAGUGUGCCAAAACAGUAAUGGAAACUUUGGAAAAGCACGCAAGAGACAAAAAUCCAGUUGACUGUAAAAGGCUAUUUGGAGCUUUCACCAUGGAUGUUAUUGCAAGUGCUGCCUUCGCUACAAAAAUAGAUUCUCAUAAUGACCCGGACAACAUUUUCGUGAAACAUGCAAGAGAAAGCUUUGAGCAGGUUCCUGUUUUGAGAGCCUUAAUAACUUCGCUUCUUCCCCAGUGGCUAACAUUGAAGUUAAGAAUAGGUAACUGGAAAGCAAUUGAUUUCUUCCAUUCCGUAACUCUGGAAGUAAUAAAAGAAAGAAAAAGAAAAGGUCAGAAGCUCAGUGAUAUCCUGCAAUUAAUGAUGGAUGCCGUUGAUGAGAUGUCAUAUCAGUCCCAGAUACCAAAGAAUGCCAUGGAAACAGACAAUGAUGAAGCAGAUCAAUUCGGAAGCGUAACGAACCAUGAAAUGUCUCAGCAUCUCAAAUACAACAAAAUCUCUCAGGAUGAACUCAUAGCUCAAUGUAUCCUGUUCUUUUUCGUCGGUUAUGAAACGACAGCAACAGCGCUUACUUUCAUGGCCUAUGCUCUUGCUUCAAAUCCAGAAAGCCAAGAAAAACUUAUCCAAGAAAUUGAUAAUGUGUUCCUAAACCACGGCGAAAUGGACCAUGAUAUCGUUGGUGAAAUGAAGUAUUUAGACUGUGUUGUAUCCGAGACUUUACGAAUGUAUCCUCCUCUAUUAGGUUCUGUAAGGACUGCUGUAGAGGAUUACAAAUUAGGUGACACUGGAAUUAUCAUCGAAAAGGGGAUGAGAGUUGCCUUUCCUAUAUACGCCAUGCAUUACGAUCCAGAAUUUUUUCCUGAUCCAGAAAAAUUUGAUCCGGAGAGAUGGGUUAAAGAUUCUGGAAGAUUGAAACAUCCUCAGUAUGCAUAUUUGCCCUUUGGUGCUGGGCCACGGAAUUGUCUGGGUAUGCGUUUCGCCUUAAUGGAAAUAAAGGUGUGCAUGGCCAAUAUUCUACGACGAUACAGAUUCAGUAAAGCAGAAACUACAAAGGAACCCUUGCAAUAUAAACUGGCCCAAAGUUUUUUAAGUGUAAACAGUCUUCCUCUAAUGGUUGAAAAAAGAACAAAUCUAGCUGGAGCCAAACUAUUUAUUCAGAAACUGGUUCUUCAAAGUGAUUCUCCUUUCUUGUUAACAAAAGCACAUACGAUAUCUAGUGACUGCCUGAAAGAUACAACGUUUGAAACAGAAAUCAUGUGGCCGGUCGCUAUUUUUGUUGCCUUUAUCACCGCCAUUUCUCUCUUCCUUGGGUAUUUGAGAAAAAAUGACGACUACUGGAAAAAGCGUGGAGUUCCUUUUGCUCCUCGUGUUAACACCAUAACUGCAAUUCUCACUUUUGCUUUUAAGCCACUUCAUGAAGAGAUAUUGAACUCGUACAAGAAAUAUGGUAGACUAUUUGGGAGCUUCGAAUUUCGAACACCGCAACUCUUAGUUGCCGACCCUGAGCUUCUGAGAGACAUAUUGGUGAAGGAUUUUCAUAUUUUUCCAAAUAGAAGGGAGAUUUAUAUGGGUGACCCAACAGUGGACAGUAUGGUUACAUCAUUGAAAGGUGCAGAGUGGAAAAGGGUGCGAACUAUAAUCACGCCAGUUUUUACGUCUAAGAAAAUGAGGAUUAUGUCUCAUAUUAUAAACGACUGUACAAAAACUGUGAUGCAAACGCUGGAAAAGCAUGCUGUAAACAAAGAACCAGUUGACUGCAAGAAGUUAUUUGGAGCUUUCACUAUGGAUGUGAUCGCUAGUGCUGCGUUUGCUACGAAGAUAGAUUCCCACAAUGAUCCUAAUAACUGCUUCGUAAAGAACGCAAGAAAAGUUUUUAAAGAAUUCUCUGCCAUAAGAUUUUUGCUCUUCUUGAUAUUACCAAUCUGGCUAGUAAAUAUCUUGGGACUUCGAUCAACUUUCUUCCGAACCGUAAGCUUGCAAGUGAUUAAAGAAAGAAGGCAAAAAGGUCAUAGACAUAAUGAUUUCCUGCAACUUUUGUUGGACGCUGCGGACGAAGAGAUUCAAGAACCUGAUAAAUCAGUAAAUGGAGGUUUCAAACCGAUCGAUGCGAAUGAGGACGAAACAGAUCAAUUUGGAAGUGUGACGAACAAGGAAAUAUCCAUACCGAUGAAAUAUACAAAAUUAUCACAAGACGAGGUCAUAGCACAGUGUGUGUUGUUUUUCUUUGUCGGCUACGAAACGACAGCAUCGACGCUUACAUUCAUGGCCCACAGUCUUGCUUCAAACCCGGACUGUCAAGAAAAGCUCAUUCGAGAAGUGGAUGAUGCCUUUGAGAAACAUGGUAAGAUGGAUCAUGAUAUUACACGAGAAAUGAAGUAUUUGGACUCUGUUGUGUCUGAAACACUAAGAAUGUAUCCUAUCUUAAUAGUGACAGAGAGAACAGCUGCAGCAGAUUAUAAACUAGGGAAUACAGGAAUAACCAUUGAAAAAGAUAAGAGGGUAGCUAUUCCUAUAUACGCCAUGCAUUACGAUCCAGAAUUUUUUCCUGAACCUGAAAAAUUCAAUCCGGAAAGAUGGAUUAAAGGUUCAGAAAAACCAAGCCAUCCGCAGUACGCAUAUUUACCAUUCGGAGCCGGACCUCGAAACUGUUUGGGCAUGCGUUUUGCAUUAAUGGAAAUAAAGCUGUGCAUGGCCAACAUGCUUCGAAAUUACAAGUUUAAAAAAGCGGAAACUUUAAAGAUAUUAAUUUAUUCAUGUAAAGUUUGGAAGUUCACAUCCAGAGUGAACGUCAACAUGUGGUUAGCUGUUGCUACUGCUGUUGCGGUUGUAAUUGUUCUGCUGUUACGAUAUCUUGGAAGAAAUGAUGAUUACUGGGAAAAGCGUGGUGUUCCAUUUGCUCCACGUACUAGCAUUAUAAGUGUGUUGAAAGCGCUAUAUUCUAAGCCAACGCAUGAACUUGUUAUGCUAGGAUGUCGACAAUAUGGAAGGAUAUUUGGCACCUUCUCAUUCUGGACACCACAGCUUGUAGUUUCUGAUCCAGAGCUCCUUAGAGACAUAAUGGUCAAAGAUUUUAAUGUCUUUCCAUUUAGAAGGGAUUUAGCUGUUGGUAAUCAGACAAUCGAUUAUCAAGUUUCGUUUCUGAAAGGCGAAGAUUGGAAAAGGGUUCGAACUAUAAUGACUCCCGCUUUCACUUCUAAGAAGAUGAGGAAUAUGUCCUAUAUUAUAAAUGACUGUACAGAGUCUGCGAUGAAAAGUUUGGAAAAAUAUGCAAUAAAUAAAGAAUCAUUUGAUUGUAAAAGGGUAUUUGCCACUCUCACAAUGGACGUGAUUGCUAAUGCUGCUUUUGCAACCAAAAUAGAUAGCCAUAGUGAUGCUGACAAUAUUUUUGUGAAGAAUGCAAGGAAAGUUAUAGAAGAAUUUACAUCGAUGACUAUUCUGCUUAUAAUGAUGACGCCGCGGUGGUUGGUUGAGACUUUAAGAAUCAAAAGCAUGAAGUCAACAGAAUUUUUCCGGAAUGUGACUCUAGAAGUAAUUAAAGAAAGAAAGAAAACAGGUCAAAGAUACAAUGAUAUUCUACAACUUAUGAUGGAUGCUGCGGAUGAAGAGGUUCAAGAAUCUGGAAAAUCAGCUGGUUCAGGUUCUAAAUCAGUUGAGACGAACGAAGAUGAUGCAGACCAGUUCGGAAGUUUGACGACCACUGGAAUAGCUGCACCCUUGAAGUACACUAAACUCUCUCAAGACGAACUCAUUGCUCAGUCUGUGAUGUUUUUCUUUGCCGCCCACGAAACAACUGCAUCAACCCUCAGCUACAUGGCUUAUUCUCUUGCUUUAAACCCAGAGUGUCAAGAAAAGCUCAUACAAGAAGUAGAUGAUGCUUUCAAUAAACAUGGUCAAAUAGACCAUGACGUUGUAAGGGACAUGAAGUAUUUAGACUGUGUUGUUUCAGAAACUUUACGAAUGUAUCCAGCGGCGACAGCAACAGAGAGAGAGGCUGUAACAGAUUACAAAUUGGGAAAUACUGGAAUAAUCAUUGAAAAGGGGAAAAGAGUCACUAUUCCAAUAUAUGCUAUGCAUUACGACCCAGAAUUUUUUACAGAACCAGAGAAGUUCGAUCCAGAGAGAUGGGUUAAAGAUUCAGGUAAGUUAAAUCAUCCACAGUACGCAUACUUACCCUUUGGUGCUGGUCCUCGAAAUUGCUUGGGCAUGCGUUUCGCACUGCUGGAAAUAAAACUGGGUAUGGCCAACAUACUACGUCACUACAGAUUCAAAAAGUCUCAAAAAACAAAGGUACCUCUGCAGUAUAAAAAGGGCACUGGUCUUCUGAUUGUCCGAGAACUUCCUCUGAUGGUUGAAGAAAGAGCAGCAAUUAAUAACCUUGCAUCAAAAAAACAGUGCUUAUAAUAUUGUGAAUAAUUCAUAUUUCUAAACAUUUCAUUAAAAUGCUAUGUCAUAUACUUUGUAUGUAUUAAUACUCUGCAUAUUGUUAAUAAAACUCUAGAGCCCACUGGGCAUCAACAAAUUCCCAACUGA